GGCGGCGGCAGGCAAAGAGAGAAAUAUAGGACCCGCUCCGAACGCUGCAAGAUACAGUAUAUCAAGACAGACGGACUGGAGGUGCUCCGCAGCAACUUCCUCCGUAUUACCGUAUUCAACAACAACGUCAGUCUUCGGAGCUACGAGACGAACGGCAUUCUCACAUACCCGGCAUCCUCUGACAGCUCUAAACCAUGGCUCUCCAAGCAGGGCAAUUCGUGACCAGGAACGGCCAAGACCUAUAUGACCCAACGACAAAGACACCACUGCGGUUCGCCUCCUUCAACACUCCAGAAUUGGCUUACCUAGACGACCCAGACCGGCUAGUGCCGUUACUCUACGAGCAAGAGGACCUCCUUCGGUCGGUAUCGGAUUUUGGCGGGCGGGUCGUCAGAACGUACGUCUUGUCCGUUCAAACGAAAGGUGAUGGGGUAUACGACAAUGGAGGCAACAGCCCACCGACAAAGCACAUCAUCAAACGCCGGAAUAACUCCACGGCGCCUGCCGGGCAGGUUUUCGACCUGAACGAGCCACUCAUGCGAGGCCUCGAUAACGCUCUGGCUGCUGCCGGACGGAUGGGCAUCCGGAUAAUAUUCCCAUUCAUAGAUCAGUGGGAAUGGUGGGGCGGCUGCAAGCAGUUUGUGCAACUGGUGGACCCCGCAUUGGAGCAGACUGCGUUCUUCACCGAGCACCGAGUCGUCGAUCAGUUCAAGUUGCUCAUUCAGGCUGUCCUGAACCGCAACAACACCGUCAAUGGCCUGCUUUACCGUGACGAUCCGGCCCUGCUUGCCUGGGAGACCGGCAAUGAGCUCGAGUACAACAAAGGCCGAGUGCCCACGGCAUGGACAAAAGACAUUGCCGCGCAUAUCAAGAGCAUCGACAAGAACCAUCUCGUCAUGGACGGAUCAUGGCAAUUUGGGUGGGAUGCGACGGUGUUGGAUGACCCAAAUAUCGACAUGUACUCAAACCACUACUACCCGGGUUUCAUGCGUACGACAACGAAAACGCCUCAGAUUGGCGGUAUCAUCGCUUUGGCCGGGGUCAUGAUCCUCGGAUUCCUCCUACUGAUCCUGGUCAGCUGCUUCUCUCAUCGUUUCCGGUUCCUCAAGAAACCCACCAUGUACGAGCACGUAUACAUGGAAUCAAAAGCCCGCAAGCGCAUCACCAUGGCCGCCGCCCUCGUCAUCAUCGGCGGCUCAAUAGGCGGAAUCGCCGUCCUCAACCGCAACAACAACCAACAAUCCCUCUAUGGCGACCUCGCCGCCGAAGAUGCGGCCAUAGUCGCCUCCCACAACAAAGUCUACAUCGCCGGCGAAUUCGGACUCGCCCCCUCCGCCGCAAUGCAGAGCAUGCUCACUACAGCCGUCGACCAACCCUCCAAAGGCUUCGCCGGUGCCCUCGUCUGGUCUCUACGCGGCCACUCUCGCAACGGAGGGUUCUACAUCCACUCCGAGUCCGGCGAAGGAUACUUUUCAUACCACUACCCGGGCUUCCCAUCCACUGGCCCCGGGUUCCCCGCCGAUGAUAUCAGUACCAUCAAACUCGUCAAGCAGGCCGCCCGCGACAUGGCGGCGAAAACGGGAUACACCAUCCCCGCGCCAACCGUUCCCAUCCCGCCAUCCAUCAUCGCCUCGGUGUCAACCACACAAGAUUUGCGGUUCAUGGGCUCCGCAACCGCGUCCAGCUACGAAAUCCAGCGCGCAGAUGGCGCCAACGCACCCGCAACCGCAAACUGGCAGCCGGUCAAGACAGAUUUCCUCGACAAUAUCACUCAGAACUCGACCAUGUUCAAGGAUACAACCGCAAAGGCGGGAACGACGUAUAGCUACCGUGUGCGCGCGAAGAACGAUGUCGGCGUAAGCGAGUUUAGUAAUGUUGUUUCGCUUGUUGGUUGAAUCAAAACCCUCCCCUCCUCAUAUUGUACAUAGCCUUUCUUCAUGCUUCCUCUUCGGGCGUCCUUGCCCCUCAUGCGCACAGACUUUUUUUUUGCCAUCUUAGAUUUUGUAUGAUAUACGAAUGAUAUACAUCGG